AUUUAUUGGUCAUCAAAACACCACACAACUAAUCACAACUCUUCCCCUGUUUUUUUUCUCUUUAAACUGAAGCAGUCACACUCUGUUUCCAUUUCCAUUUCUCUCGGCGAAAAAUGGAGUUCGGGUCGUCGAGGAAACGAGAGCAGAGUUUCCCUCCAAGGAGAGGGCAGAUCAAGAUGAGGAUCAUAAAGAGUCUGAUCAAUUCAGCAGCUGCUGCUAUUGGUACUCCAAGCGGCGGCAAGCUGAAGCGAAGUAAGAGAGAUGGCGGCGGCGGCGAUGGGUUUAGCAGCAGCAGCAGCAGAUGCUCGUCGGCGCCGGCCACUCCGCCGGCAACUCCAACAGGGUACUUGUCGGAUGCCUGAUUAAUUGAUGAUUCCUGAUCUGAUGGCUACCGUCGGCUGAUCAUCUGGGCAAUUCUUGUACAGUUAUUAGUUAUAUAGUCCGAGGCUGUUCUGUUGUAUAUUAAACGGCGAGGAGGAAAUUUUGUUGUGAGAUAGGUUUCCUUAAUUAGUUCGUUUUUUAAUUCUAAAUUUGUGUCGGGUAAGGUAUGAGAUCCAUCAUCCAUCCCUGUAUUUGCAAUGGAAGAUUAGGGGAUCCAACUCAAAACCAUGAUGUAUGAAAGUAGAUUCAUUUUGUUUCUAACCGUGUAGAAAUGGUUAAUUAGAUUUCUUGGUUUUUGGUUCAAUUCAAGUAAUCGUUUCUGUAGUAAAUUUAUCGUUCUAAG